AGCGAGCGGGGAUGGCGGCGGUGGCGGCGACCGCGGGGCGGCUGCUCGGGCUCCGUGCGGCCGGGGCUGAGCGGCGCUGGCGUCCGCUUCGUGGCGCGGGGCUGGCGCGGGGCUUCCCGCAGUCCGCCUCGGCGGGCCAUGGUGCGGUCCAGAGGCGGCAGGUGGCUCACUUCACUUUCCAGCCCGACCCGGAGCCCCAGGAGUACGGGCAAACUCAGAAAAUGAAUCUUUUCCAGUCAGUAACAAGUGCCUUGGAUAACUCAUUGGCCAAAGAUCCUACUGCAGUAAUAUUUGGUGAAGAUGUUGCCUUUGGUGGAGUCUUUAGAUGCACUGUUGGUUUGCGAGACAAAUAUGGAAAAGAUAGAGUUUUUAACACUCCUUUGUGUGAACAAGGAAUUGUUGGAUUUGGAAUUGGAAUUGCAGUCGCUGGUGCUACUGCCAUUGCAGAAAUUCAGUUUGCAGAUUAUAUUUUCCCUGCUUUUGAUCAGAUUGUCAAUGAAGCUGCCAAGUAUCGCUAUCGCUCCGGGGAUCUUUUUAACUGUGGGAGCCUCACCAUCCGGUCCCCUUGGGGCUGUGUUGGCCACGGGGCUCUCUAUCAUUCUCAGAGUCCUGAAGCGUUUUUUGCCCAUUGCCCAGGAAUCAAGGUGGUUAUACCCAGAAGCCCUUUCCAGGCCAAGGGACUUCUUUUGUCAUGCAUAGAAGAUAAAAAUCCUUGUAUAUUUUUUGAACCUAAAAUACUUUACAGGGCAGCAGUGGAACAGGUUCCAAUAGAACCCUACACCAUCCCCCUGUCCCAGGCCGAAGUCAUACAGGAAGGGAGUGAUGUUACUCUGGUUGCCUGGGGCACUCAGGUCCAUGUGAUCCGGGAGGUGGCUUCCAUGGCAAAAGAAAAGCUUGGAGUGUCCUGUGAAGUCAUUGAUCUGAGGACCAUAAUACCUUGGGAUGUGGAUACGGUUUGUAAGUCUGUGAUCAAAACAGGGCGACUGCUAAUCAGUCAUGAGGCUCCCUUGACAGGCGGUUUUGCCUCGGAGAUCAGCUCUACAGUUCAGGAAGAAUGUUUCUUGAACCUAGAGGCUCCUAUAUCAAGAGUAUGUGGCUAUGACACACCAUUUCCUCACAUUUUUGAGCCAUUCUACAUUCCAGACAAAUGGAAAUGCUAUGAUGCCCUUCGAAAAAUGAUCAACUAUUGACCACAAAGAGCUGGCCUGGCUCAAAGCUGUCCUCCUGGGGCCCUGUCUGUGCACACUCCACUUCUUCCCGUGGGCAGAGUCUGCAGACUUGAGAGUCGUCAGUGACAGGACGCCAUUUCCAUGGCCACAGUGACUGGUCAAGGGAUAGAAAGUGACCAGAAUUGGGCCAAUGACAGCCCUUCUUCAGGAUUUUUUGAACCAGUGGAUCCGGAAAGAUGUUAUUCUGGAGGGACUUACAGCCAUGUUCCCUAUGGACGAAGGCAUCUUUAUCUCAAAAAGAAUGAAACCACUAUACUGAGGAAAGCUGCAGUGCAAGGUAGAGUCAGUCCCAGCCAAGUUCCAGUCUCUAGAGUCAGUCACCUCCCAGGCCAGCUCCAUUUCUGUCACACACAGCCUCAAUGUUCCAUUCUUCUUUCAUUUUGUGAGAAUUAGCCCACGGUCCUUCCAAUAAACUACCGUUUUCUUUGUUCAAGUUGGGUUUCUGUUGCUUGCAACCAAAGGCAUCACAAAUGCAACCAUUCU